UUAUAAUUCAUAAUUUCAAAGACUGAAAUGUUGUAUUUUUUUUAGGCAAAUGGGCAGCUGUCUAGUUGAAAUCAAACAACAGACAGAAGUUGAGGCUACAUGUAUUUAUCAUAGAAAGAAAAAAGAUUGUAAGGGGUUCUGCGGAACGCUGUCUCUCACCUGCAAUUGCUGCUGUCAAUGUAAAAGUGUAAUACAGACUUAAAAAAAAAAUGUAAUGAUGUGCUCUUACAACAGGAUUGUGAGUGUAUUAAAUCUUGGAAGAAUGGGAUUCCUAGAUGCUUAUAAAGUACAGAACAAAUUUGCACGACAGCAUUUAGACAGUAUGGCAGGAGUGCAUGGUGCAAAAGGAGAAAAUGUUGUAUUACUUGUGGAACAUAACCCAGUUUAUACCACUGGAAUUAGAUCUAAAGACUAUUCUGAAGAAUAUGAACAAAAACUAAAGAAGCUAGGUGCUGAAUUUUACAGAACAGAUAGAGGAGGUUUAAUUACUUUUCAUGGACCUGGACAACUUGUUGCUUAUCCAGUUUUAAAUCUUAAAUAUUUCACACCAAAUAUGAAGUGGUAUAUUUGCUCCAUGGAAAAGACAAUGAUCGGAACUUGUCAGUAUUAUGGUAUGAAUGCCCAUACAACAGAAGAUACAGGGGUAUGGAUUGGAGAUAGGAAAAUUGGAGCUAUUGGUGUUCAUGGUCGCAGAUAUGUAACAACUCAUGGUGUAUCAUUGAACUGUAAUACUGAUUUGAACUGGUUCAAACAUAUAGUACCUUGUGGAUUAGAAGGAAAAGAUGUUACAUCCCUUAGUAAAGAAAAGGGCUGUGAUAUUAAAAUAAAUGAUGCUGUUAGACCAUUUUUAGAAACUUUUCAAAGACAAUUUGAUUGUCAGUUAAAGUAUAUACAUGAAGAGACAGAGGAAUAUAAAAACAAAAUUAGUAUACAUGUAUAACAAUGUAACAUGGUUAACUUUACCAACAAAAUAUAUUUAAUAAUAACAUUUUUAUAGAUCCAGACUUAUGACUAAUAAAUUAAUCAUUAAUUAAAAAUGGUCUAUUGGACAGAGUAUACAAAAUUGUGAAUAACAAUUUAAGGUUAAGAAACGAACAAAAAGAGAUGUGAGGUAUGUGUCAUGAGACAGCAAUCCAACAACACAAUGAACCAAACAAUAUUUACAAAAGAGCCUUUUCAAAUUCAAAUAAUUAUACAUUGUUUUUUUUAAUUUUUAUUGUAUACUGACAAAGUGACAUAUCAUGAAUGGUCAGUUUUAGUCAACAGUCAAGUAAAUUCCAUAAGUUGGUAAAAUUAAUUUAAUCUAAAAUGUAGAAAUAUAUUUAGGAGUAUGAUUAUUCUUGCAGAAUGCAAUAAAAUUUAUGGAUUGUCCUUUUAAUAUUCUUAGUUUGGCUUAAUAGAUAAAGUUUGUUAUUAUAAUGUUAUUAUAAUCAUGUAAAUCAGUCAUUGAGUCUUCCUGGAUUAACAUAUCUUUGCUUAUUUUUAUAAAGAAAUCAGACAAAA